AUGGCCCUGAUGAAGAGUUUCAUGAUGGUUUUAUUCCUCAAAUCUCUCUAUGCAAUAGAGCCCUUCCUUCUUCUGUACCUCAAGAGAAUCACUGCCGUUUGCUUACAGAGUUAUAGUACCAAUUUGCUACGCUGGAGCACGCACAUAAAUCAAGUCUGCUUUCCCUUAACUAAGAAUACUAAAGUUGUAAUGGGCUACUGGUGGAACUUCCUUCUCUAUGUGGUGCAAGGGUGCUUAUUGAUAGAGUUUGGGUUGUUCGAUGACAAAGGUAUUUCUUUGUAUCAGCAGUAUCAUGACUACCCAGCUCACCCUUUGAAUGCAAUGUACAUCCUUUAG